AUCUGUGUUUGAGGUUAUACGUCAAAUUAUUCGAUGUCGUGGUUACUAUAGUUACUCAAAUAAUUGACAAUAAUAACAAAAAUGAAUAUAUAUUCGAUAUAUUCAUUUAAAUAACCGAAUUUCUAAUUAAAUAUCUAAGAGAGAUACUUACCAUUAUUUGAUGAGCAAAAAUUACGACUAAAGAAGUAUUUAUAUACGUACUAAGAAGAUAAAAGUUUUAAAAUUUCUUGACGAAUUUUAAGCAUAUAAGGUCUAGAAGAGAAUGACAACGUAUAUGAAAUAAGGGAAUAAUCGAUAAUGAAGUUAUGUUGUAACGGUUUUAAUUUAUUUGGACAACUACAGGUUCAAGCACCAAUUAUUUAUGAACUCACCCCAGUAUUUCAAUUUGAGGUUAUAAACAAGAUAUUCAUAAAUCAGACUUACUCCCUUUUGGUUACCAACGAUAAAAGUUUAAUUUACUACAAAAAGGGGGUAGUAGACAUAACAUCAGUAAUUGGAAAAGAUUUUUUAAAGAUAACUUGUAGUGAUGAUAGAAUUUUAUUUAUAGAUGAAACGAAGCAAGUGAACAUUAUAGAACUAGGAAAUUUCAUGAACAAAAAAAUAAUUUACGAAAAAUGCGUCAAGGAUAUUAGUAUCGGUUCUAAAAUAACUAUUUUGUAUAUGUUAGAUGGUGGAUUAAUUAAUGUACCACAACCCCUUAAUUUUCAUUGUAAUAGAAUAUGCGAUAUAAAAAGUGGCAAAGAACAUUGUUUAUUGUUAGACGAAGAAGGCAAUGUAUACUCCAUGGGGGCAGGAAGUCGGGGACAAUUAGGUCAUGGAAAAUUAGACUAUGAAUCAAAUCCGUUAUUGAUAGAAGCACUAGCCGGGAUUAAAAUAAAGAAAAUUGCAACUGGUGGCUGGCAUUCUUGUGCCGUUAGUCAAGAUGGUGACCUGUAUGUUUGGGGUUGGAAUAGCAAUGGCCAGUUGGGCUUAGGAAAAAAGAAUGAUGAGGCUGGUUAUGUAUCUGCCAUGGCAACACCACAUGUAGUCGAUUUUUUUGAUGAUACAUUAAAUUGUUUACUAGUCUCUUGCGGCAGUAGGCACACUAUUAUAUUUUUAGAUAAUCGACAAUUGUAUGGUUGCGGAUGGAACAAAUACCAUCAACUUAGUAAAGAAGACAAUGAAAAUUAUUACGAAUUAACUCACCUACAUAAUUUCGAAAAUGAUAAUGUUCUCGAUCUACAGUGUGGACCGUGGAAUUCUGCAGUACUAUGCAAAUAAUAUUUAAGUGAAAUUUUGUAAUGAUUUGUUUUAUUUUGAAUAAAUUCUUCACAAUAUUUCAAAUUGACAACGUAAUUUUAAAAUAAAACAUUUUGCAAAU